AACCGCGCCUUAUCCAAAAUACAUGUUUGGAUAUAAAGGGUCAAUUUGGGUUAUUUAAGUACUGCAUAUUAAUGUUCCUGAAAAGUCAUUAAUACGGUUAAUUAGCAUUUAGCGGGAAAUAUUGAAAUUUUCCCGCACCAAAUAAUAAUAGAGCGUGGUAUACUUAUAAUAUAAACUAUAUCUUCAACCGGAGAAAUUGUACGUAUUCAUUCAAAUUCAGCUAUUUACCAAUCAAAUUUAAUCAAACUUCAUCAUGAUGUCAGGUUACGCAUUAAAAGGCUUCGUAAACUCAGGAAAUACAUGCUUCGUAAACUGCGUAUUGCAGUCUAUUCUCUCAACAAAGAGUUGCAAUGAAGGCCUUGGUCAACUUCUGCACAACAGGAAAAGAUGCACGGCGAACAAAGAAGGAACAAAAUGCAUAUUAUGCAGUACACUGAGUGUGUUCAAAUUGUAUAAUGGAGCAUCACAGGUGGUUCGACCAGCAGCACUGCUUUCUUGUUUGCCACAAAUUAUGAGCGGUUAUGUCAAAGGUUCCCAGCAAUGUUCAGCUGAAUUUUUCCAAUCAUUUUGGACAAUUUUGGAGGAAAAAGCUCAUCAUCUGCAAUCAACAGAACUUAUUCCACAAUAUUGUAGCCUUGAAUUUCUGAAUUCAUUUUGCUUCUCACUUAAUAGUGAGAUUCUAUGCAGCGAGUGUGGCAAUACUACAAGUAACAUUGCCACUGAGACAGUGCUUCCAUUAUCUAUAACAAAGGGAUUACCUUUACAAGAUUUGUUGGAUCAAUAUUCUGCAGCAAUUCAAUUGGAACAGCUCUACAACUGUGAAAGGUGUGGUAAAGGAACUGAUGCCUGGAAAAGAACCUUAGUGCAGAAUCUGCCACAGGUAUUAUGCAUUCAGUUAUUGCGCUUUGACGCAAACGGUCAAAAAAUAAGCUUGGAAAUAGAUUACCCACCUGAACUAACCAUACCCGAGUAUCAACGCGAUUUAAAUGAUGGCAGAAGUGAAACAUCGAGAGCAGAAUACACCCUUUCUUCAAUAAUAGCACAUGAAGGAAACCAAAUAUCGUCCGGGCAUUAUGUUUGCUUCGUUAACAGGAGCGGGAGAUGGUUUUAUACAAGUGAUACCGUUGUUAAAGAAACAUCACAGUUAGCAGCAUAUCACCAGAAGAAUGCAUACAUGCUCUUUUACGAGAAAAAGGAGCGACAAGCCCACACUAGGGCAAAGGUGUUUACAAAAGAAGCACCAGUGCCUACAACGAAUAAAGAACCUGUUUUGAAUAUUAACACUUAUGCGAAAGCAGUUGCAAGGGGUUCUUCCAACAACUCUCGUGCUAAAAUGCACUGUUUGUCAUUAUCCAAGAAACGCAAGGCCACUCUUUCAAAGGUACCUUGUAGAGAUACAAAUCUCUCUAUGUCAACAUCUGUUGGUCCCGUGACAGACGCUGCAAAAACUAAAGAGUUCACAAAAGAAGAUUCACCUCACCCUUUAUCACCCACAAUCACUUCUAAUUCUAACAGUUCUAUGUCAUCGUUAACACCUGAACAAGAGUCAACAGCUGAAAAAAACGCAGUCUCAAGAAACGAACUCCAUGGGCCCAGCUCCCGAAAAUAA